AUAUUUAAUAGUGAUACCUUAUUUCAUGAAAGAUAAGUUACGAGUUUCAGUCCCGAUAGAAGUUCAAGUUUCGUGACAAAAAGCCCUAGGGGCAGUGUGGGAACUUCACAAACAUCUUUCUGGAAAGAACAGACACCUUCAGCUUCAAGACUUGGACCUCAUCAAUCCACUGCUUUCAUAUACCCGUCUUGUUCAAAAAUCCCCCUUCAUCAACCCCUCCAUUUCCUCUACUAGCUACACAAUGACAAUUCAUCAGUGAUCACCAAUGUUUUAACUGAUCAUUUAUACACAUUUGAGGAAAAAAACUGCAGAUAACCUCAUAAAUAAACAAUCUUUUUCCCUAUUAUAGUCAUGGUGUUCACAAAGAUGAUCAAGUCCACUUCUGCAAAAGCUCUGAUCAUCAGAAUCAAUCUUGUUUUCUUGGCAUUCUUCUUGAUUCUCUAUGUGAUCCUUCUCCUUUGCCCUUCUGCCUCCGAUUACCACCAGCAGGCGGCAUUGUUGGUUAGAUGCUCGUUCCGUGACUGCCAUCAUAAGAUGGAGAAUGGCGGGAUUAAGAUGAAAGCAGUGUUGGAGGAGCCAAAGCCUCGAAGGGAGUUGAUCAAGAGGGAAAAACCAAGUUUCUUGAGUGGCAUAGGUACAAGAAUGAGGAUAGGGAUGGUGAACAUGGACGACGAAGAUGUUUCUGAAUGGAAGGCUCAUGGACAGGUCGUCCCAAUACCAUUUGAGAGAGUAUCCAAUAUGUUUGAAUGGAAGGCCUUGUUCCCAGAGUGGAUAGACGAAGAGGAAGAAUAUUCCGGCUCAACAUGCCCUGAAAUCCCAAUGCCGGAUUUGGAUAAGUACGAAAAGAUGGACAUGAUUGUGGCUAAGUUACCAUGCAAGGCUCCAGAGGAAGGGUGGAACAGGGAUGUGUUUAGGCUUCAGGUCCAUCUCUUGGUGGCGAAUAUGGCAGUAAGGAGGGGGAGGUGGGAAUGGGGUGGGAGGAUGAAGGUGGUAUUUUUGAGCCAAUGUAUGCCGAUGGUGGAGUUGUUCCGGUGCAAUGAGAUGGUGGGGAAGGAGGGGGAGUGGUGGUACUAUAGGCCGGAAAUGUGGCGGUUGGAGCAGAAAGUAACGAUGCCGAUCGGCUCAUGUAACUUGGCGCUGCCUUUGUGGGAUGACAAAGGAAUCAACCAAGUGUAUGAUGUAUCCAAGAUCCGAUCCAUCACCGAAAACCCAAACCCGCGAAAGCGAGAAGCCUACGCUACAGUCCUCCACUCCUCCGAAUCCUACGUCUGCGGUGCAAUAAUCCUAGCCCACAGCCUCCUCCAGACCCGAACCCGACGCGACCUCAUCCUCCUCCUCGACACCUCCAUUUCCGAACCCGCCCGCCAAGCUCUCUCCCGGGCCGGGUGGACCCUCCGAUUCAUAAAACGGAUCCGCAACCCGAGAGCUGAGAAGGGCUCCUACAACGAAUACAACUACAGCAAGUUCCGGCUAUGGCAGCUCACCGACUACGACAAGAUCAUCUUCAUCGACUCCGACGUCGUCGUUUUCCGCAACCUAGACAUCCUCUUCCACUUCCCACAGAUGUCCGCCACCGGCAACGACGGCUCCAUUUUCAACUCGGGCGUGAUGGUGAUCGAGCCCUCGAACUGCACCUUCCGCAUGCUGAUGAACCGGAGGAAGGAGAUCGUCUCCUACAACGGCGGCGAUCAGGGUUUCUUGAACGAGGUGUUCGUGUGGUGGCAGAGGCUGCCGAGGCGGGUCAACUUCUUGAAGAACUUCUGGUCGAAUUCCUCGAUUGAGGCGAGCGUGAAGAAUCAGCUGUUCGGGUCGGACCCUCCGAAGCUGUACUCGUUGCAUUAUCUGGGGCUGAAGCCAUGGCAGUGCUACAGGGACUACGACUGCAACUGGGAUGUGGCGGAUCAGCGGGUUUACGCGAGCGACGCGGCGCACGAGCGGUGGUGGAAGGUGCACGACGACAUGGAAGAGGGGUUGCAGAGGUUUUGUGGGCUGUCGGAGGAGAGGAAAAUAGAGCUGGAGUGGGGCAGGAAGAUUUCGAGGGAAAUGGGGUUUCAGGAUCAGCAUUGGAGGAUCAAUGUUACUGAUCCAAGAAAAUUUAUUUGAUUUAAGGCUCAUCAACUUUUUUUAGUUUGCACAGAGUUUUUUUUUUAAAUUUUUUGAAUUUUUUGGGUUUAAUUUUGAGUAUGAUGGGAUUAUUGUUUCUUGUAAUUUAUGUUU